AUGGCCGAAGUGACCGCGGAGCACUCUCCCGACAUGUCCAUGGAACACGCUCCAGAAUUAGAGGAUGAGAUAUCACCGCAGAAUGUGCCUCUUCCAAGAAGCUCGAUGAUCACUGUACGACUCUCUGAUGUAUCUGUCCUGUCGAGCCUCGAUGAAGACCCCGACCUGGCACGCUCGCCAGAAGCUGCAGCACCCGAAAGCUCUCCUUCGUCAACCCGAUCUAGCCGUUCCUCAUCACAGACUUCCGGAAGCACCCCUUCGCUGAACUCAGUAAAUUGGGAAGGACUGGAAAAGACGGAAGAACAAGAGCCUAAGGAUGAAGCGAGUGACGAGUCCACGGCUCUACUGCUGGCCCGUCUCGAGAAGGAAAACGCCGCCUUGGCCACAGAUCCGAAAGCUGGAAUAGCAUCAAGUACCCGCCCGCGGAAGAACACGCGGCCGCCUUCGAUACAACAACUGAAGAGAUUGGUUGACGGGCCGCAACGUCAGUCGUUGAGAUACUCACUGCUACCUGCUCCGCCAAUGACCGAGUUGGAAUUCUGGGCGGCAUUGGUUCAGGACUACACCCAGACCGCCCAACGACUCCCAACGCUCACAUCCAACAAGAUUCGUGGUGGAGUGCCACCGCCUCUUCGAGGAGUUGUAUGGCCAAGCAUCGCCCGGGCACAGGAUCCUUUUCUGCAUUCCGAGUACCAAAAACUGUCCAACGAACCAAGCCCAUAUGAUGCUCUAAUAGGGAAAGACGUGGGCAGGAGUUUCCCGAAUGUCGACAUGUUUCGGGAGAAGGAUGGUGAUGGUCAACGAAUGCUGGGAAAGGUCUUGAAAGCCUUCAGUCUCUAUGAUGACAAGAUUGGAUAUUGUCAGGGUCUUGGGUUCGUUGUCGGACCACUCCUGAUGCACAUGACCGAGCCUGAAGCAUUCUGCAUCCUCGUGAGACUCAUGGAGCACUAUGACCUUCGAUCGUGCUAUCUACCAGAUCUAUCGGGUCUCCAUCUUCGGAUCUAUCAAUUCCAACAGUUGCUGACCCGCCAUUUACCCGAGCUGGCUGCCCACCUCGAGGACCUCAAGGUCGAACCACUUUACGUGUCUCAAUGGUUCUUAUCCUUCUUUGCUGUUACAUGUCCACUUCCCAUGUUGCUGCGGAUCUACGAUGUCAUCUUGUCCGAAGGAGCAACAGAAACCCUGAUGCGAGUAGCUAUCUCACUGAUGCAACGGAACGAGAAGAAGCUUCUGGCAUUCACCGAAUUUGAAGAUGCCAUGCAGUUUCUACUCUCCCGAAGUCUAUGGGACACCUAUGCCCAGCAGGCCGAUGAACUGGUUGCAGAUUUUGUAUCAGUCACCGGCUUGGUGAGCCAGGAACUUCUCCAGUCACUAGAGGCCAGUUUCCAGCAGUCGCAAACUUUAUCCGCCGCCCCUUCUUUGAUGACUGCAGCCUCAAACUUCUUGGGUCGGUUUUGGGCCAGUUCGACACACGGCCCGUCUAGGUCCACAAACUUGAGUCUUCUUAUCCCAGGUAACAACACAUCAAUCAGAAAAUCAUCCUCAGGCCACAGCUUGACUUCGACGCUGAACUCGGUCGAGACAACCAACUCAGAUACCAGCACCCUUGCUACGGACUUGUCUGAUGAAGGAUCUUUGAAGGUAGUUUCUUCGACCGCCGUUGUAGUAGAUACCAACAAUAUUCCUACAUCAAACUCCAGUGACCGAAAUUUGCACCACCAAAUCGAGGACCUGCUUACGGAAUUGUCCAAACUUCAGCAUCAACAAGUUGAGCUCGCUCGAGAACUACAGAAAGAGCGCGAAGAACGAGAAGAGGAUCGUCAAAUUGCACGAACUUUGCUGGAUCGGCUCCAACAGCAAACAGCAGAGAUCAGAGAGAUUGCUGGAGGAGAAGCUACCGAUGAAGAUGUCGCUUUGGAUACUCUCAUGGAGGCGGCUAAUCACCAGUUGCGCCAGGCAGAUUCAAAGCGGUUGUCUAUAAUGCAAUCAAAACAUCAGCUCCGUGACUCGGUGUCUGAAUGGAAAGAAAGGCACGAGUCCGAAGCGAUGAAGUGCCAGGAACUCAUGAAGCAGCUCGACGAGCGCGAAGCCGAACAUAACUCGCUCAAAGAAGACUUGCGUGAAGCACGGUCAAGAAUCCAAGAUGCGCAUAGGGAGAAACAACGCCUGGAGCGGACUGUGGCGGAGCUGCGGUCUCGGAAUAGCGCCGUCCCGGAGUCACCUUCAGAUACUUAUACCCCUGUCACUGAGACCCCCGACCAGAAGUGGCCUCCUGCAAAGCCUGGGCUCCGAGAGCUGAGGCUGGGCAAGCCUGAUUCCUCUAGGUUGUCCAGCAUCACGCCGGGACCAUUCUCCAAACGGUCGAGCAGCCUUAACACCCAGGCCAUCCUUGCAACCGACAACCACGAGCCCGUCUCUAACGAGGCGCUCCUGCUUGAGCUAGUGAAUGCAAAAACUGCCGAGGCAGUAGCUCGACAGGAACUUGAAGAGACCAAGGGAAAGCUGGAGGCGCUGCGAAAGAUCUUGGGUGGGUCGAGUACAUCGCCGGUAGCACGCGCAAGCUCAUCAGAGUCGCCGACAGCCUCGAUCUCUUCAGAGACCAAGGACACGCCGAAAGCAUCAUCUCAUACCACAUCAGCAAGUACUGGUGGAUUUUUCAGCGGCUGGGGCAAGCGGGGUACUUGA